UCUCAGUCUUUCGCGACAUGUCGCCUCGACGACAUGUGUAGUGUCUACUAGACCGAAUAGUCUUUAGACACAUUAAAGUACUUUCAUAGUACGUAAUAAUAAUGUAAAACAGUCCAUUUACCCUAAACCCUAAACGCGAAUGUAAAAGUUAUACUAAUUUGCGUUCCUGACUCGCGUUCCGCGUGUGAAUUAUCAAAAUGAAGAAGUAUUAUCUUUUGUUUGGUGAAGGGAGUAAGAUCAACCAAAUAAUAUGUGCUGUUUUGAUAAACCUCCCUGUAUUUGGGUACGGUGCCAGCAUUGGGUGGAUGUCUCCCAUGACCCUACUUCUUCAAUCAAAAGACUCACCAACAGAAGUACCACUUACAGAUUAUGAGAUCUCAUGGAUGGCGGCGGUGGCGUACCUGGUGUGUGUGCCUGCUGACUUCCUGAUGGCCAUCCUGAGCGACUGGAUGGGCAGGAAGAAGGCUCUACUCUUCAUAUCUACUGCUUCUGUUAUCGCGUGGAUUAUCAAACUAUCGUCCUACCAAAUCUGGGCGUUCAUCCUGGCCAGAUCGUGCAUCGGUAUUCUCAUGGGAGGAGCAUACGUCACCUGCCCACUAUAUACUAAGGAGAUCAGCGAGGAUAGCAUUCGAGGAGUGCUGGGAUCUUUGGUUGUACUCUUCCACGUAUCAGGAAACCUGUUCGCGUACAUAAUUGGAGACCUGCUCAGCUAUAGAAGCGUCCUCUGGGUUUGCUUGUCUAUACCCACUCUGCAUCUGGUGCUGUUUAUGAUGAUGCCGGACUCGCCUUCGUACCUGGUCAAGAGAGGGAAGACUGAGGAAGCCUUAAGAGUUCUCGCAUGGCUUCGUUGUCGGAGAGAAGACGACGGCCUGGUCCUGAAAGAACUCGAGCAGAUCAGGAAUGAACAAAGAUCUGAUGAUGAGAGCAGCAAGUUUGUCGCUAAAGCUAUUGUAAAAGACAAGAUUCUCCUUCGAGCGUUCCGUAUAGCGAUAGUGGUCACACUAGCAAGAGAGGUCUGUGGUGCCAUACCAGUCACCAACUUCGCUGGUGAUAUCUUCGCGAACGCUUCGGAAGGGACCACCUUGGUGUUGUCUCCGAACCAGCAGGCGAUGAUGCUUGGUGGUGUCCAAGUAAUCGGGUCUUUAGUGGCCUCUAGUGUCGUAGAGAAGACCGGGAGAAAGCCUCUCCUGAUAAUAACAUCGCUUGUGUCUGGUAUAAGCAUGUGUGCGUUGGGCUCGUGGUUCGUGGCUCGGGAGUAUGGAGUCUGGGCUCCUGGAUGGCUCCCCAUCAGCUCUCUUUGUAUCUGCAUCUUCUGCGACUCUUCGGGUCUCCAGCCUGUGUCUGUGCUUGUCACUGGAGAGAUGUUCUCUUUUAAGUACCGGGGCACUGUAAUGGCAACCACGAUGUCCUUGGCGUCAAUCUGCGGCUUUCUUCAAAUGUUAUUCUUCAAGCAAGUUGCUGCGGCUAUAGGUGUUCAUGUCUCAUUCUACUUCUUCGGAGCCAUCUGCUUAACUGCUGCCAUCUAUGCUCUCCUGGUGGUUCCUGAGACAAAGUUGAGGAGCAUCGGUGAGAUUCAUGAGGAUUUGAAGACGAAGAAAGAGAAAGAAUUAGAAUUGAACGGUCUACCCAUGGUGAGGAGCGAGAAAAAAGAUAUGUGUUAAUCAUAAAUUGCGAUAUUGUAUAACUUUGAGAUAAGCAUUUAGGGUUUGUACUUGCAUCUGUGUGAUUUCUAAUACUGUAAAAAUCAAUAUUGAAAUGUUAUGGGUGCUCUUUUUAAACCUCCUGUAUGUUUUCACUUUUAUCACACUAAGGAUACAUACAUACAUACAUAAACUCACGCCUAUUUCCCACCGGGGUAAGCAGAGACUAUAGAAUUCCAUUUGCUUCGAUCCUGACACACUUCUCUUGCUUCCUCCACAUUCAUCAAUCGCUUCAUACACUCACGCCGGUUCAGAGUAGAUCGUAUUGAACCUUUUCUAAGGACAUCUCCAAUUUGGUCAUCAUAAGUCCUUCUCGGUCUUCCUCUGCCAGCCCUACCAUCAACUUUCGCUUUAUAUACCGCUUUUGCAAUCCUAUUAUCCUUCAUCCGCUCUACGUGUCCAAACCAACCUAACAUUCCCUUCUCAAUCCUAGUCACUAUAUCACACUAAGGAUACUCCGUACAAAAAUAUCAAUCUUACAGUAUGUGAGAGAAACAAACAGUCAUCGCGCGCUCUCCCUUACUCUUUACCGGCUUACGGCCGUAUGUUUUAAAAAAGUGAGGCCCGGAGGGGGGGUUGGUUAAAAAAUGCGGAAAGUAACAGUUCUAUGCGUAGAUAGUAUUAUUCUUUAUUACACUUACACUCCUGUUAUGAUAUCUAUACUAUCGGUUGAAUUAUUUUGCUGUUUGUGCAUAGAACAGCACGUCUAUCAACGUUGCUGUAACAGCAGUGUACUGCCGUAACGUUAUAUCACGGUAUAAUCAAUCUUAUAUUAGUUGAAAACGGCAUAAUCCGUGCUGUAAUUUUAUUGUCUCCACUAUAAUAAAGGUUGUAGCGACCUUUAUAGACGGCGAUACGGCUCACCACCUAUCACGUUGGUCAAACAGAAAGGUCGGUGAGGCGUGGGUACUUAGUUCAUCUUGCAAUGGAUGUGCCUUCGACUACCCCAAUUGGGAUAUAGUCGUGACCUUAUGAAGAUGAUGAUGAUAAUAACGUCACAACCGCUAUUACGAGUAACAGUUAAGUUUAAUGAGCUGGUUCAUUUGUGUUGUUAGUAAAUGGCUGUUUAAUAAAUUAUUAUUACACAUU